AUGAGAAAAGUGUUUUACUCUCUGCUGGUUAGUAUAUGUAUAUGCCUGUGUGUGUAUUCCCCAGUAUAUGGGCUAUAUUUUAAAGAAAUCGAAUUAGGGAAUUAUUACAUUUGUAACUUAGAUGACUACCCGAAGGAGUCCUGUGUGGUGGACUACGAUCCGAACAAAAUAAUCAAGCUUUUGUGCCCGAUUGUACAUACUGAGGGGGAACACAUGAACACGUACAAUUCGAGCUACUGCUUCCGAUAUAAGGGGAUAAAAGACCGGCUCAUAAUUAGCAAUAAUGAAGAACCCAUAUAUAGAACCCUGCCGGGGAUUAUACUGGAAAACCAGAUUCUCUACGACAGGUACAAUUUGGGCAUCUACACUAUGCCGUUCAAAUUGAAGGAAGACAUGAGUAUUGUCUGCGUCUGCGACACGAAGAAAGAGUACAAAGGAAUAACACCUUAUAUAAAAAUAAAUAUUAAAAAGUCGAACAAUAUUCUUGGUGAAGAUUCGGCGGAUGAACACAUAAAGGGGUGUGACUUUGGUAAUAAUCAAGGGGAACAUCAAUUCUUAACUAGCCCGCAGUCACAUGAAGAGAAACCGAUGUGUGAGAUUCAAGCCAAUCCCGGAGACAUAGUUGGGAUUAACUGCAUAAAUUCCAAUAAGGAGGACCUCCAAAAUUACGACGUCAGGUUGGAACCUUCCAACUGCUUUACGACGGUGUCUUUUUCUUUGAAUUCUAUCCGUUUUGUAAAGGUGAACAUAAAUAAUAUUCUCCCCGAGGCGAAGUACUACCCCGAAUCCUCCGCCUUCCCCAAGGAUCCCAAUUUUAAAAAAUUCUCGACCACGUCUUACUUGUGGAUCCCCGCUCACGUGCCUCAGGAAUUUCUUUUCUUCUGCUCUUGUCGAUAUGGGAAGUCCAGGGGAACUGCGAUAUACCACGUCAGCAGAAGCGUCGCAGAGGUGUGA